CUGGUGGGAAGGUAAACGGUGUUUCCGUGUGCUGCUCUGGUUCGCCAGAAGCGGCUUAGUCAUGCUGGCCACAUGACCCGGAAGCUGUCUGCAGACAAACACCGGCUCCCUCAGCCAGUAAAGCAAGAUGAGCUCUGCAACCCCAGAGUCGUCCGUGACUGGACUUAAUGGCCAGGGGUACCUUUACCUUUUUAUGUAUGUAUACAUAUAUUUAUAAAUAAGUAAACAGCUUCCCUUACUAUCCCCCGUGAGAUGAUUAAGUCCAGAGUCUAAUGUUACCCAACUGCGCUAUUGUGAACAGAGUUCUUGUAUAACUAGUGCAAACUUGGUACGUCCUACCAAGGACAUCCUCCUUCCUAGGCAUUCCAGGACAGGUUUGCACAGUAAUGGAAUGGAGCGCUGUUAAAGAUGCCUCCCCCUGCGUGUUUUCCUUCACUCCUUGUUAGCCGAGCAGUUCUGAACUCAUGGUGUCUGAUGACCACAAAGCUGGUGCCACACUACUUUUAUCUGGUGCGUUCUUGGGGCUAGUAGGAAUUAUAUUCACCAUGAUGGGAUGUGCAAAAUAUGAAAGGGUCAUUCGCUUCGAAUGGGCUCAGUUGCUUGGGCCUAUUGUGCUUUCAGUAGACGUGACUUUUUUGCUGAUUGCUGCGUGCAUGUUUAAAAUGAUUGCUUGCAAAUCAUGCAGCCCAAAUGAAGGAACAGCAUCUGACACAGGCCAGACUCCUAUUGGACAAUCUGUUGUUUUCACUAGGAUUAGCCAGGCUAUAAACUUCCACGGUGCUACAGUGGUGCAGUACAUCCCUCCUUAUUCAGCCCAGGAAGGUAUUGGCAUGAAUUUCCAUCAAGUAUUGAGUCAUCCUGGAAUUCCUCCAUUCUCCAGGCCAUUAAUUUCCGCUUUGAGCCCUCCUUGUUACUAUAAUGUCAACCCCCUGGAUAACUCUGCUUUUUCUACAGAUGAAAAUUACUCUGCUUAUCUUCCUGCAGACACCAGAAUUGGAAGUUUAGAAGAGCAGAUCUGCACUGCAUGCCCUUAUAAGCUCCACAGCUGUUCUCACACUGGGACUUACCUGUCCCCAAAGAAUGCAUUGGUGUUUUUCUCCCAAGAACAGAAAGAGAUGCUGAAUGAAGACCUUUACAGUGACAUAUCUCCCCCACCAUAUGAGAAACUAUUUCCACAGUGGUCAUAAAUAUAAUAAAAGGGUAUCCCUGACACUUCUAUGUAAGGAACAGAGAUUGCUUCUUGAAAACAUCCACAUAUACUUGAACAAAUAGGAACCAAAGAGACUGAGGAUUGUCUAUUGAGGUUUUGGCUUGGUGAUAAGGUCUUGCUUAGAACAGGUGUUGCUCAUUUACUGAGCACCUGAGACAAAGGCAAGUGAGCGUUCCUUUUAAAUGUGAAACAUUUUGCAUUUGGCUCCAUAUUUUAAAACCACCUGGCUGGUUGGCCUGCUCACCUAGUUUUUCCUGGGCUGUUGAUUUUCUUUAUUCUCAGGAGUCAAAGAGUACGUGAGUGAUUACUCUUGGAUACUGAAUUUUAUUCUAGGUCACAUGUAGAGCCUAACUUACAU